AUGAUUUCCAACGAAAGCCAAUCCCCACUUGCCGCUCUUACUGAAGAGAUCGGUUCAAGUGCAUUCAAUUACUUGAUCAAGACCUUCAGCGAAACUAUCUUGCAAAAUGUUGAUUUGGAAGUUGCCUUCAAGGGAAUGGAAGCGGAAGUUCUUGCGGAUCACAUGAAAAACCUCAUCAAGAUGGUCUUCGGAUACAAAUGCAAGUCUAACUUGGUUAACAGCAACAUCCGUGGACAAGUUGUUUUGAGAAACUACGCUCUCUUUGAACUUGGAUUGAGUCGUGUUCAAUUGCGCAAGUUGCAACUUCACUUUGAAGCUGCCAUGCGUGAUUCUAUGGUCGAAGGAGAAGUAUUUGAACAAUGCAAGGAACGCUUCACCGACCUGUGCAUCAUCUUCGAUGCAGAAAAGAGAGGCCUUCAACAACAAAGCUCGGAUGCCAUGUCCAAUGAUCCAGCAAUGAUCAUGAUGGCCCGCGCUGCCUCCUCCCGCUGCCUUGUGGCCCCCAAGGCUGCUUAA